GUUCAGUUGCCCAACGAAGAUACACAAUUUGAUGCAAGUCACUAUGACAGUGAACGAGGAGAGUUUGGCGGGUUUGGGUCUGUAUCAGGCAAGAUCGAUCUGACGAUCAAGAUUAACCAUGAAGGCGAAGUGAACAGAGCCCGGUACAUGCCACAGAAACCCUCGGUCAUCGCCACAAAGACUCCGUCAUCUGAUGUCCUCGUCUUCGACUACACCAAACACCCUUCCAAGCCCGAUCCUAGUGGAACGUGCAAUCCCGAACUGCGUCUGAAAGGUCACCAGAAAGAAGGGUAUGGUCUUUCAUGGAAUCCGAAUAAGCCUGGCUAUUUGUUAAGUAGCUCGGAUGAUCAUACAAUCUGCUUGUGGGAUGUGGAGGCUUCACCCAAGGAGCAAAAGACGCUUGAUGCCAAGAACAUAUAUUCGGCACACACAGCAGUGGUUGAGGAUGUGGCAUGGCACUUGCUUCAUGACAGCUUGUUUGGCUCUGUUGCCGAUGAUCAGAAGCUGAUGAUAUGGGAUGUGAGGAGCUCGAACACUUCGAAGGCUAGUCAAGUAUUCCAGGCCCAUUCUGCAGAGGUAAACUGCUUGGCGUUUAAUGCUUUCAGCGAGUACAUUCUUGCGACGGGCUCGGCAGACAAGACCGUAGCACUCUGGGACCUGCGUAACCUAAAACAGAAGCUGCAUUCGUUUGUUUCUCACAAGGAUGAGAUCUUCCAGGUGCAAUGGUCACCUCAUAACGAGACGAUACUUGCAUCAAGUGGAACGGAUCGCCGUCUGCAUGUCUGGGAUCUAAGCAAAAUUGGCGAGGAACAAACUCCAGAAGACUCUGAAGAUGGCCCUCCAGAGCUUUUGUUUGUUCAUGGCGGCCACACUGCCAAGAUCUCCGACUUCUCAUGGAACCCUAGCGAGGAAUGGGUGAUCUGCAGUGUUUCUGAGGACAACAUUCUGCAAGUGUGGCAGAUGGCGUCAAACAUCUACAAUGAUGAGGAACAUGAAACACCAGCACAGGAGCUGGAGCCUGCCAGGAUGCAAGAAUGAGAAGAGCAGGUGUGUGAUGCACUUAGCCGCUUGCAUCAAAUAACCACUGGUGCAUUGGGUUUUACCUGCGCGUGUACGGCCAUGCAACGAUGGGCGUCUGCCACUGUAUCGGUCUCACGCCAUGCAUUUUCUUCCAACUCCUAAGCUCUGCCGUGUGAUUGUGUCAACUGGCAUUUGAGUUAGCGUCGGCUGCUCCUGCUUGUUCCGCCCCGGCGUAUUCCUCCUUCCCUUUCUGAUGGCUUGCUAUUGCUAGUGCUUGGUGUCCUGGUUAGUGGAGGUCGGUCUGCCGACAACCUUUUGAACAUUAUGGGUAGACCUGUGUGCGAAUGGCACUCUAUAGCCUGUCUUUUCCAAACUGUCUGAUAACCUGGCUUUGUUCAACUGUUCAAGCACACCAUUUCAUGUUAUUACCACUGUAGCAUCUACCGGCUUUUGAUAUCUCGUUCCUUGACUGUUCGCCGUCCCACGCAGUGGUUCUUCUUGGUCCAGUCAGUUUUGUCUUGACUUUCAGCCCACGUGUUUACCACAGUAGCUUUCUCUUCUAUCUGUGUGUGCGUGCUGGGACUAGCUGGACAUCGAUAUGCAUGUGUUAUUGCUGCUGCUGCUGCUGAUGGAGCUGUGCGUGGUUGUUAAGUUACGUUGUCUUCUUCUUCUUUUCAUUAGUCCUGUGGUUGUUAGUUACGUUGUCUUUUUUUCAUCAGUCCUGCCAGCCGAUGCUAUGCUGGCAGCCGUGUUCUUAUGGCAUACCGGAAUUACCCCUUGCCUGCCUUACAUGCUUUAAUACCUGCAUGCUCCUUUGCUCAUUGGUUCGCUCUUGCUGCUUUCAAGUUGCUCUGCGAUGGCAGACCGCACUUCGACAUGUGCCACUGGCAAACUAACUUGAUUCGAACCACAAACAGACAUCUGCUCUGAUCAAGAAGUCCUGAAAGCAGAGUGAUCCACAAACAGA